AUGAACAAGACCAAGGGAGCUUUUGAUAGCCCAGAACUUUGGAGCCCAGGUUGCACGCAGAACAGCAGCUCCCUGACCAGUCUGGCACCACCCUUUGCAUUUGGACAGCAGGCUAUGGACACAGCCCUGAAUGUAAUCCUUAUCAUGGUCCUCCUGGUCAUCAUGGUGUCUCUGGGAUGUACAAUGGAGAUAGCCAAGAUCACAACUCACCUCAGGAGACCUAAAGGUGUGGCAAUAGCCAUAUUGGCUCAGUACAGCAUCAUGCCCUUGACAGCAUUCAUAUUGGGCAAGCUCUUCCAGCUGGGCACCUCAGAAUCCCUGGCCAUCCUCAUCUGUGGCUGCUGCCCAGGGGGAAACCUCUCCAACAUCUUUAGCCUGGCACUGAGAGGGGACAUGAACCUCAGUGUUGUAAUGACCGCAUGCUCCAUGGUCCUGGCAAUUGGAUUAAUGCCACUUCUUCUGUACCUGUACUCGGGAGGACUGUAUGAGGGUGAUUUGGAGGGCAAGGUACCUUACAAAGGAAUAAUCACUUCCUUGGUGCUGAUGCUAAUCCCCUGUGCCGCUGGCAUCAUCUUGAAUGAGAAGAAACCACAGUACACUGGCCUUAUCACCAAGGCAGGGAUGGUUAUGCUUCUACUGUCAUCUGCUGUUAUAAUUGUUCUGUCUGUGGCCAAUAUGGGAAGCUGUAUCAUGGUUGUCUUCUCUCCACCUCUUCUGGGAACUUCUGCCUUAAUGCCCCUUACUGGAUUCCUGCUGGGCUACGCUGUCUCUGCAACCUUCAAGCUUGAUGACCGGUGCAGGCGGACAGUGUGCAUGGAAACUGGCUGCCAGAAUGUACAGCUUGGCUCAGCUAUCCUCAAGGUUGCCUUUGCCCCAGAGAUCAUUGGCCCCCUGUACUUCUUCCCACUGCUCUACUUGCUGUUCCAGCUUGGAGAAGGAUUUCUGCUUAUCCUGGCCUUUCGGAUCCAUGAUAGAAUAAAGCAAGCCAAUGGCAAGUACAGCUUUGCUCCUUAG